AGGACAGUUCCAGAGCAGAGGACAGACUCAGUUUGACUAUUGUCUCUGGAUAGGAAGCUGAUCUGACUCUCCCCCCCCGCAAUGGAUCUCUUGAACUGCUCCACUCCCAGAGAAACCCUUGAGAAGGUGUCGGCCUUGCUGGGCUGCAGCGCCACCUCUGCGAGAGUGGCCUCAUACCUGGACAAGCAUGACAAGCUGAGGCAUCUCAGGGGGAACUUUCAUGUGCCCAAAAUGGCAGACUUGCCUCCUUCUGAUCUUUCGCUGGUCGACGGCAACAAGAAGUGCAUCUACCUGGUGGGGAACUCGCUGGGCCUACAGCCCAAAAUGGCCCGGAAGUAUCUGGAGGAGGAGCUGGAUAAGUGGGCGAAAAUGGGCACUCACGGUCACACAGAGGGCUCGCGACCGUGGGCGUGGGCUGAAAACAACUUAGAGGAGCUCAUGGCGAAUAUUGUUGGAGCUAAACCUGAAGAGGUGGCACUGAUGAACGGCCUGACGGUUAAUCUACAUCUUCUGAUGCUGGCCUUCUACAAACCCACAGCAGCUCGACACAAAGUCCUCCUGGAGGACAAAGCUUUUCCUUCAGACCACUACGCUGUGGAGUCUCAGAUCCGGCUGCGAGGAUUCGACCCCCAGCAGAGCAUGUUGCUGCUUUCACCGAGACCGGGAGAAGACACCCUGAGAACGGAGGACAUCCUGCAGCUGAUCGAGAAGGAGGGCGACUCCAUCGCCAUGGUGAUGUUCAGCGGAGUUCAGUACUACACCGGUCAGCUGUUCAACAUGGCCGCCAUCACGGAGGCUGGGCAGAGGAAGGGCUGUUUUGUGGGUUUUGACUGCGCUCACGCUGCUGGGAAUGCCGAGCUGAAGCUGCACGACUGGGGAGUGGACUUUGCCUGCUGGUGCUCCUACAAGUAUCUGAACUCGGGCGCCGGAGGCCUUGCAGGAGCGUUUGUCCACGAGAAGCAUAAAGACAGCAUCCGACCAGCGCUGCUGGGAUGGUGGGGUCACGACCUGAAGACGCGGUUCCAGAUGAGUAACGUGUUGGAGCUGCAGCCCGGUGUGAGCGGCUUCAGACUCUCCAAUCAGCCCAUCCUACUGGUCUGCCCCCUGCAGGCCAGUCUACAGGUGUUUGCCAAGACCAGUAUGCAGGCGUUGCGCAGGAAGUCCCUCCUCCUGACGGGCUACCUGGAGUACCUCAUCCGGCAUUACUACACCGAGGACCCCACGCAGCCCGGGAAACCCCACGUCCACAUCAUCACGCCCUCGGACCCUGAGCAAAGAGGCUGCCAGCUCUCGCUCUCCUUCUCGGUCCCCAUCACCAAGGUCUUCAAGGAGCUGGAGAAGAGAGGAAUCGCAUUGGACAUGAGGGAGCCCAGCGUGCUGCGGAUCGCUCCGGUGCCGCUCUACAACUCCUUCAGGGACGUCCACACCUUCAUACAGACACUGGGAUGUGCGCUCACUGCCAGCUGCGAGUGAAGAAAGAGGAGUGGACUGAAGUUUACUGUGAAAAUGAACUUGGACUGCUGCAAAUGCACAGAGGUAUAAGAAGAUGUGAAGGAAAACUGGACUUAUUUUACAUUAUUGUCUGUAAAUGACUACUUCAAUUUAUAAUUGCUAUAUUUAAGUGUACAUGUCCAUAUGUGGAUGGAGAGAGGAAGUGGAGACAUGUCAUUGUUAGUCAGGACAAUGUAGUGAGCUCACUGGCUAAUUAACCAAAAACCUCUUUUUAAAAUGAAACUCUGCAUCAUUAGUCAGAACAUAUUACAUCACAUGUCAUUUGCAAUUUAUUGAGCAUGUUUUCACACAAGAAUAAAAAAAAAUGAAGCAUUUGCUUCAACUGUCAA